CAGGAAUCCAACCCGAUCACUCGUCACUACCGCCAUUCUCAGUCUUCAUCAAUCAUUAUCGCCAGCCAAUGUGAAGUACUUCGACCAUUCUCUCCAACGACUAUCAUUAGUUUUUUCUCACUGUGCACGGGUGACUUCGUCGUCAGAAGUCACAUUAUAUGGAGCAGAGUCGUCUCAAUAUCUUGGGUCAUACACGAUGGGGAAGGCUAUCUACUAAUUCUGAUUAUGCAGUAUAUGAGUAUAUGGGUUGGACAUACGUUGAGCGACUUCACGGUGGCGGGGAAACCAUUCUCUUGUAAGUAUAUCCCACACCUUGUCUUGUGACUCGGAUGAAAGGGUUUCGCUGUACGUAGUCUCGCCAUCUUCAGAUGCAUAUCGUUCACUGGCAAGUGUGCAUAGUGAUCGUCCUUUGGUCAUGACGGUCCUGGCGUGUCAGGCCGCAGUCUAUUCCUCAGUGAUUAUUGUAUCUGAUAGGUCGUUCUCAUUGUUGUUAGUUACCGAAGGCUGUGUCGAAAGCCACUUAGGCUUUGGAUACUAUCUUCCGACUUGAUGCGAUUUAUAUACCUCUCGCAUUGCUGUUGAGCACUCGCAAUCGCCCCCUUAACCACCUGUUACUACCGUCCACCUUAGCAUUGCAAAGAUACUAUCAUAACGAAGACUAACCUGUCCUACUCAUGGCAGUAAUCCGGCGAACAUCGCUGUUGCUAUUGUUCUGUGUAAUGUAUGUGACGGGUAGUCUCAACACAACCAAGUUCUAUGAGCCCAUAACACACGAAAUUGAAUGGGAGGACUGCGGUCUAGUACCAAAGGCUGUAUGUGGUCACUUCGAAGUACUCUUAGACUGGCACAAUCCGUCUGCGGGUAAGGGUCGACUCGCGGUCAUCAAGUACAAUGCAACAGGCGAGAGAAAGGGUGUGUUGUUCACCCAUGCCGGUCUCGUUCCUGGUGACGGCCGAGGGUGGCUUGUGGAAAGAUCAGAAGUUAUGAUGGACUAUCUGGUGAACGGCAGCUACGAUCUUGUCACUUGGGAUCUUAGAGGAACGCCGUUGCGUCGCGAUGUCAAUGACCCAUUGCAAAAGUAUAGCACAAUACCCUCAUCUCCCACCUGCUUUUCCUCCCGAGAAGCUGAGGUCGAGUUCUGGAAUGAACAGACAUCCAUCGGCGUGCCAAAAUCAAACUUCUCCAUGCCUCCCAGUGUCGAAUAUCAGCAUCCAACUGUGUACGCAGCAUAUGAACACAACCGAAGGCUUGGAUUACGUUGUCUGACCGCUUCGCAAGAGGAUUAUCCGGAUAUACCCAUGCUGAAAUACAUGGGCACCGCAGCUAGCGUCCGGGAUUUGGUCGCACUGGCCGACUAUUUGCAGGGACCAGGAACGCCUAUCAAUUUCCAUGGUGUUUAUCAUGGAUCUCUCAUCGGCAGUUACUUGAUCAACAUGUUUCCUGAGCGUGUAGGACAUGUCAUUCUUGAUCGACCAGUGAACCCGCUCGUCGCCGGCGACGGACAGUACCACACUGCAUGGAGAGCUGCGAUUCGCAACGCUAACGAAACUUUCGUUAAACUAACGGAUCGCUGCGAGACCAAUACGGAACAAUGUACUAUUGUCGGUGCGAAGAAGACAGGAGAAUACGUACGAGAAUAUGUCCAAUUUGCUUUGGCGAUGACUCGAAGCUCGUUGUUGGGCUGGCAACCUAUCUUCGGAAUGGACCUAAUCUCGAAUCCAACUCUCAAGCGACUUGUCUUCGCAGUAUACAACGCAACCGAAGGGCCUGACGUGUCAUUUUACAACUGGACGUACGAGCUUCAUACUCUCACGAGGAACAUGUGGCAUCCCAAUCUAUACGGCGAACUGGCAUCGUUCUGUGGAGAUUACGCCUACAACUACACAGAGUACCCAGAAGGAGACCGUGAACAUCUCAUGAUUGCCGGGUGGAUCACUGACUUCAUGAUGAAUGCUCCUUUGAUUGGACAAUCAUUCCCUGCUGCUAGGUAUCUCUGUCAUUUGUGGCCCGAACGGGCUGUAGAGAGGUAUACUGGACCUUGGAACCGAAAGCCUGCGAAUCGGGUUUUGGUGGUAGGCAAUACGUUAAACCCGUUGAGUGGGAUUGACCAAGCGAAGGCGAUUGCUGGGGCGAUGGGAGACGAUGCAUACUUUGUUGAAGAAGAGGGCUUCGCAUUCUCAUUCUUCCCACAUACUGCUCGUGCGAACGAGGUCAUGUCAGUUUAUCUGCUUAAUGACACGCUUCCGUCAAGGGCCGAAGGAACACCUCAGGGCUCAACGUCAUACGUCAAUUCCAUCUAUAGCUUCUUUAUUGGUGCUUGCAGACUGCUGGCAAACCAGAGCGGAGUUUUCCUCACCAUCGGGGCAUUCGUCUCAUCGCUAUCUCUUAUGACAUCCAUUGCAAUAUAUCGCUGGGUCAGAAAGAAGAAGAGCAAAGUAGAUGGAGACACGCUUGCCACGGAGAGGAACUGGCUUGCUACAGAUGAAGACGUUGUGAAGGCUAGGGACAGAGCGUACCUUCAUUCUGGGCGAAUGCUUAGUCCCAAUCUGACAGCUUGAAUCUGUGAGCGGUAUGCAUGUACAUCCGUCAUAAGGGAUUUAUUUCACCAAGUUGUACGAUAUUUGAAUGUUAUUCGUCGAGGAGUGUAAACAGUCCAUACCGCGGUUUGUGUAUCACCGAAUAAUUCUCAAUUCGCUGCGCCCAUGGUGAGAUACAUGACAAACUCAGAAAAUAAAGAGACAAGAGAAUCUAAUCACUCAUCGCUGCGUCCUCAUCCUCUCCACCCUCCUUUUCCUCCACUACUUGCUCUACCUCUAUCUGAGUAACAACCCCGGUCUCCGCGGUCCAAUAUGCCCUC